AAUAUUUUGGAGCUUUGAUCGAAAACAUCCAAUUUACCCCACAACAAGAUUAUAGAAUAAAAAACAUCAUCACAACAAUGAGUACCCUCGUUGCUCCUAAGAAUCAUUUCCCCAAAGAUGAUGCAGAUGUUCUUUGGAAAGCUGUCAAAGGUUGGGGAACUGAUGAGAGUAGUAUCAUAGACAUAAUGGGUCAUAGAAAUGCUGCUCAAAGGCAGCAAAUUAGAUUAGCUUACAAUGACAUUUACCAAGAGGAUCUCAUCAAACGCCUCGAAUCUGAACUCUCUGGUGACUUUGAGAAAGCAAUGUACAGGUGGAUAUUGGAACCUGCAGAACGUUAUGCUGUGUUGGCAAAUGUAGCCAUUAGGAAUGCUAACAAAGACUAUCAUGUGAUUGUGGAAAUUGCAUGUGUCCUUCAUCCUGAUGAGCUUUUAUCUGUGAGACAUGCUUACCAUAAUCGAUACAAACAUUCAUUGGAAGAAGAUGUUGCUGCAUAUACCAAUGGCCAUCUUCGCCAGCUUUUGGUUGGAUUAGUGACCUCAUUUAGAUAUGAUGGUAUUGAAAUCAAUCCAAGUUUGGCAAAAUUUGAAGCUAAUAUUCUUCAUGAGGCUAUCAAAGACAAUAAAGGUAACCUUGAAGAGGUUAUUAGGAUUCUUAGUACAAGAAGCAAGACUCAACUUCUUGCAACUUUCAAUAGCUACAGAGAUCUUCAUAGCAUUUCCAUCACCAAGAAACUCUUGAAUGAAGUAUCUGAUGACUUUCUUAAGGCUGUGCAUGUUGCCAUUCGUUGUCUUAAUGACCACAAGAAGUACUAUGAAAAGGUUCUGCGUAAUGCGCUAAAAAGGGUUGGAACCGAUGAGGAUGGGUUAACUCGAGUGGUGGUCACAAGAGCUGAGAAGGAUUUGAAGGACAUUAAAGAACUCUAUUACAAGAGAAAUAGUGUUCAUAUUGAAGAUGCAGUAGCCAAAGAAAUCUCAGGAAAUUACAAGAGAUUCCUCCUUACUCUUUUGGGAAAAGAACAUUAAAAGUAUCUGUUAUAAAAUUAUCACUUAAAUUGUUUUGCUUUGUUUUUAAAUUUGGACAUGUUAAGAUAAUAAUAUUAUAGGACUUGUCUUUCCCUUUUGUUGUCAUUUCAUAGUUUUAGUGUGUGUUUGUAUGGAUUUUAAAAGUAAGUCUCAAUCAAAAUCCACCUAAUUUUAGUGGAAGUUAUAAUCUAGAUUGUGUUUGCAAUUGUCUUGAAACAACGUUUAAAUGUGUUUCAAUGUAAAAGUUGCGACUUGUAGCUUCAAUAUUAGUAUGCCUUUAUUUGUUUUUAAGCUAGAUCAAAACAUUUAG